AUGGAAAUCCAGAGGGACAUCUCAGAAUUCAUUCUUAUGGGACUUUCCUAUGACCAGAACAUACAACUAUUCUGCUUUUGGCUGUUCUUAUUCUGUUAUGUUGCCCUCUUGAUGGGUAACCUUCUGGUCCUUGUCUCCAUUCGAUGCAGCUCUUUUUGUCACCAACCGAUGUACUAUUUCCUCAGCCACUUAUCCUCCAUAGAUAUCUGGUAUACCUCCUGUGUGACACCCAAACUCAUUAGUCACCUGUUAGUGGGGACAAAAACCAUCUCCUAUGGUAGCUGUACGUUACAGGUCUUUUCCAUGCACUUCUUUGGAAUCACUGAAAUCUUCAUCCUUACAGUUAUGGCAUUUGAUAGGUGUGUUGCCAUCUGCAAACCUCUCCACUACAUGAUAAUCAUAAAUAGGACAAGAUGUAAUCUCCUAGUCUUGGCUGCUUGGGCUGGUGGGGCUGUCCAUUCUUUUUCCCAGUUUUCUAUGAUAAUCUGGUUGCCUUUCUGUGGCCGCAGUGAAAUUGAUCACUACGACUGCACUAUUUUCCCUUUGCUGAAAAUUGCCUGCACUAAUACCUAUGUCAUUGGUUUCCUUGUAGUUGCCAAUUCGGGUAAGGUUGCCUUAGUAACCUUUGUUCUCUUGUUUGGAUCUUAUGUUAUCAUAUUAUUCACCUUAAGAAAUCACUCAGCUGAGGGAAGAUGCAAAGCCCUGUCUACCUGUGGGUCUCAUAUCACUGUGGUGGUCUUAUUUUUUGGGCGUUCAAUCUUUGCCUAUCUUAGACCUCCUACCAUGUUCCCUGAGGAUAAAAUAUUUGCUCUGUUUUACACCAUUUUUGUUCCUAUGCUCAAUCCCUUAAUUUAUACUCUGAGAAAUACAGAGAUGAAAAAAGGCUAUGAAAAUGGUUUGGUGUCAAAAGAUAUUUUCAGAAGAAUAACAUAAUUGUUUUGUCAUACUCAAAAAAAGACAAAAAGUUUUAUGCAGGCAUAAAAGUGGACUUGGAAUCAAGGAGCUCUAU